UCCCAAAUUUAGGUAAUAUUUUGAGGGAAAAAAACAAAACAAAGGAUAAAAAACCAGAAAAUGGAAGCUUCCCAAUAAAAAAAGUGAAUUUUGCAUGUUGAGGAAACAAUUUUGAUGCCAGCAGCCAAUUUCGAGCAUUAAUUUCCAUUGAAAAUUUGGGAACAGACAUGACGAAGCGUAGUUGGAAGGAAUCAAUGAAGGCAUUUGGGAGUCAUAUUGAUCUUGAAAAAGAAGAAGAAUUGAAAUGGAUAAAAAUAGAGAUUGAGAAUAAAGUAAAGAGAAUAGCAAAGCUAAUUAAGAGACUAAACCAAGGGAGUAGAGAAGGGAAUUUGAAGAGAAGAUCAGAACUACUUCAACUUGUUGAUGAAUUCCAUAAACAGUACCAAUCCGUUUAUUCUAUGUAUGAUAAUCUCAAAGGGGAAGUAAGGAAAAAACUUAAUGAAGAACACGAGGGCGAUUCGUCUUCUCCAUCUUCUUUGUGUUCUAAUUCAGAAUUAUAUUAUACCCCUGAGGAAAUGGCUACCAAAAGUAACUCAUCUUGUUCCAAUUGUGAGACUUUAGAUGUAGAGGAUGCUAUUUUGAAGGACAAAAUAACCUCAAAAAGUGAAGUUAAGGUUGAAACUAUGGACUUUGAUGUGCCGAUGCCUUUUGGCCGAGUGUCUGAGCCAGAGGAAUUCUUCAAAGACCUUAGGAUUCAAGGCGAAGAGAAGUUGAUAAAUGAAUCUACAUUGUUAAAGGAGAAAGUGAAAGAAAAAGAAGACGAGAUCUUGUCUCUCACCGAUAAAUUUGAACUUCGCGAGAAGGAGAGAUUGUCUAAAAUGAAAGAGUUAGAAGAUCAAGUUGCUACAAUGAAGCUUGAAUUAGAAAACUUAUGUGUUCAAAAGAGAGAACUCGAAGAGCAAACCGUGUACAAGUCAAAUGAAGUUAAACGAAUGGAAGAAAGUAAUUCAGGAUUGCAAGCUCGCGUCUUAGAACUACAAGCAACAUUCAAAAAGAAAGAUGAUCAAUUUUCUCAACUUCUUAAAAAAUUCAAGGAGAAUCAACAGAAGUCAAAGUCUAGAAUCGACGAUCUUAUGUCAAAAUCAACCGGUCUGCAGAAAGAAGUGAACCGUUUACGCGCUGAAAGGAAUGAAUUGGAAGAAAAAUUGUUACAUGAAACCAAGAAAGGAUCAGAUCAAGUCAAGGACUUAACAGAAAGAACACAUUUUCUUGAUUUAACAGAAAGGACUGAUUAUCUGCAGCAGGAGUUGGAAGCCUUAAGAAAUCAGAAAUAUGAACUAGAGUUGUCACUAAAAGAAAAAACUCAAGAAGUAUCAGAAUGUCAACUUCAGAUAGAGAACAUGAAAGUGAAAUUAACAAGCACGACGUUGUCGGAGGAAGGGAUAACAAAAGAGAAGGAGGGGUUAAACUCAGAGGUGAAAUCACUCGCGAAAGAAAAAAGUGACUUGAAAGAGAAGAUAAUGGAUAUGAAUCAAGAAGCUUAUCAUUUAGAAUUACAAAAAGAAAAGCUGAAUGAUAAGAUUAUGGAGUUGGAAACAAAACUUUUAGGAAAAGAAGCAGAGGUGGGAAUUCUUCAAAAGAAACUUGAGGCUUAUAUGAAUGAUAUGUCCACUCAGAAUUCAACAUUGACAGUGCGAAUUUCAACAGCGGAAACUGAAAAGUCUAGAUUGAAAUCUCAGCUUGAGAAAGAGAAACAUGAAUUUUCACAAAGGCUUAAGCAGAUGGAAAAGAAAAACACUGAAUUAACUAUCAAGAUCGCGGAGCUGGAGAAAAAUAUAAGAGGAAUGGAAAUUAUCGUAAACAAGUCAAAGGAGGAACAUAAGCAAAUGCAAAUCAGGUUAGAAGAUUCCAAAUCAAAUUUUCACAAUGCUGAAAGAAAACUAGAAGAAAUGACUGAGGAACUACGCAAGACGUUUGAGGACAGUUUACGAAUCUUGAGCAGAAGGAUUCGCGUAGCAGAACAAUUGCAUAUCGAGAACAAGGAGUGGUACCAAAAAACCAGGAACUCGUACGAGAAAGAAAAUAAAGACCUAAAAGAGAAAAAUGCAAGACAUGAAAUGGGGCUAAGGGGAAUUAAGGAUAUAUCAUUGACAGCAAGUGAUAUGUUAGGUUCACUAGAUGCAGUGGCACUAAAAUUUGAGGAAUGCACUGCUCAUUUCUUGAAUCGAAUAUCCAAGGUUUCGUGUGAGUUGAAGUUCGUUAAAGAUUGGGUGAUGAGGAAAAACAAAGCAAUGGCACAUGUUAAAGAUGAUUUUGAUUGUUUACUUACACAAUGUGAUGAUAAGGAAGCUGAGAUAUUGAAAUAUAGAGAGAAAGUUUGGAAGUUAGAGAACAAAGUUAGAGAACUAGAGAAAAUGAUCAAGGACCAAGAGGAAUCAAUGUUGGUUUUAAAGGAGGAAAAGCGAGAGGCGAUUAGACAAUUAUGUGUAUGGAUUGAUUAUCAUCGUAGUCGCUCUGAUUAUUAUAAAAGGAUUCUGUUAGCUGAAUUUGGCCGAAGGAGCGCUCCAUAGGAUUGAUUUCCUUCAACCAUCAGUAACUACAUUCUUUAGCGGGGCCACUAAAAGGGGAAAACGCUUCUUACCAGGAGUUUCUCCGAUUAGAUUUUAUCCUUUUGACUAUAUAUGCAAUUGAUGAGAUGUAAUAGUUUUUAUCCUUUUUGUUUCCUUUAUCAAGAUUCGUGCUGCAUAGGGCCUAUUACAGGGGAAAGUGCUUCUUACCAGGAGUUUCUCCAUUCCAACUAAACUUAAGAAGAUUGUAACCGCCAUUUGAAGCUCUUACCAGGAGUUUUUCCAUUCCGACUAAACUUGAGAAGGUUGGCAAAAUCUUGUCCUGGAGGUUGUUCACCAUUUUUUUUUUUUGGUUCAUCAAUAGGUUUGUUCUUGUUAGAAGAUUGUAUAAUGAAUAAAGAGUAUUAGGUACCUGAAAAACAUUAGUGACACACUCAAAUAAUUUUGGUGUUAAGCCUUUUACACACUCCGGGGUUCUAUCGGAAACAACCUCUCUACCUCAUCAGAGUAGAGGUGAGGUCUACGUACAUUCUACACCCCACUAUGUGAGAUUACACUUGGUUUAUUGUUGUUGUUGUUGUUGCCUUUUACACACCGGCAAAAGCUAGAUUUAGCAUUGUACGUCUGCAUUUUGGGAUGUAAUAGUUUACUCUCUUGUGCAUCUGGAUUUGGGAUUAAACCAAAUCUCUUGUUGCUGA